AUGCCCACCUUCUUGCUGCUUGCCACACCUUCUUGUUGCUUGCCAAGGAAACGGGCCCAACGCCUAUGUGCCAAGUUUGGCAUCCGUGCGGUUAGCAAUAGCAAACCAGGGCCACAUCUGGAUUUCAACAACCCGCUGCUGGAGAAAGUAAGGUCUUAUAUUCAGCACACCGCUCGAGAAAAGGGAUGCCAUCCUCGAUUGAUAGGGAAUUUUGACCAGGUUUGGUCGACAAUCUACAGACCACAGCAGAAAACGCUCCAAAAGGCUGCAUCAUGGAGAAACAUUGCCAAAGAUCCACUUUGCCGCAGCACUUAUUUGAGGAAGGUCCGUCAUCAAAUUGAGCGCUCCCUUGAACUACCUCUAUCGGAGACAGACCCUACCAGAGGGCCCGUGAAGGAUACCCCAUCUAUCCCUCAAGUGACUGGUUUAGCAGCAGCUUCCUGCACAGUCAGCGAGUGGAGACAACCCCGCAGCCUCACAACUCUAUCAUUCAUAGAUGGGUUCAUCGGCAGAGCCUAUGUCACGUUUAGGAAAGGAGGUAUCUCAGAUGCAGCGCGCAACCAGGCCAACGUUGAACUCGAGAAAUACCUCUUUAUUGAGGAGCCGCAAUCAAAAAGCCACGUCUGGAAUGAAGCCACUAUGAUUCGGUACCUGGACUUUUUAGCCGGGGAACUGCGAGUUCGACGUGUACAACUUGGCCUCAAGCAUUGCCAUCGAGCACUCAUUAUGUGCGACCAGGCUGGUGCCCACAUGUCCACCACUUUUCAGAAGCUGCAGAUGCAAUGGUACAACAAACUCAUUUGGCUGGCAUGGUACCAGCGUGGUUACAGCACUGAUGUUGACAUAGCCGAGUGGCUCUUUGAGGGAAACUUGAAAGAAAUGAAGAACAUGCUUCAACGCUGCCGCUCAUCAAUGCAAGCAGUUUGCCAUUUGACAGAACUGCCCGAGUUCGAUGGUGCGGAGGAUGGCACAGUCCGGCACAUGCGGUUGAAGCAGCUGGAAGGUGAAAAAAGCUUCCAUUGGGCAAUUCAGACUGGAGACAAUGUAUCCACACACAUUGGAUUACCAGAAUGGAUAGGCCGUGAGAUUGGAAUGCGAGUUUGCCGGUUUGUCAACGAGCAUGACCGAUGGCAAAAGGCGAUUGAGGCCCGUGCAAUCUUGGGUCGGGAGCUGACAGCAUCCCAGCAGCAAUCGUACAAUGUCUGGGCAGCAUCUUGCACCCAGCGGCUCAUCUUCUGCAAAAAGCGACAAGUGCAGAUUCAUGAUGCAGGCCAGGUCAAUCGCAAUUGCGUGUCCUUUGAGUUGAAGUUGAGUGAUGAGCCAUCACAGCUGACAUUGUCAACAGCGGAAGCUGGUGCAACUCCAUAUCGGCUGCUUCUGCUUUGCUCUCAGGAGGCAGCUGCCACAGAGGUUCCUUCAGUUCUGGAUCACCCAGUCACCCAGGGGGAGGUGGCAACACAUCCAAACAAUGAGCCGGAAGAGCAGCAGGAUGAGGGCAGCGUUGAUAUGGAAGAGGGAGGUCGAGAAGAGGACGCCUACGCCCUGGAAGAUGAAAGGCUGAAGGUGAACAUGGAGUGUGAGAGGGAUGAGGAAGAAGCGCUCUUCAUCCUUGCAGAUUCCGACGAUGAAGUUCCCAUUCCUGCUGGUUGCAGUGUGCCGGUGCACAAAGUGAAGACUUUUCACCUGCGACCUGAAUGGUUGGCCUUGGAACGCAAAGGGCUCACGGACCUUCCCAGGCACAUUAAGAAUUGCUUCAUCUCCUACCACAGCUCCACCCAAGUUUGGGAGGGGCACUACCCUUGCUGUCGUGGUGGCAUGUCCGCCAAAUGGGGUUCAUCUACAAAGCGAACAGAGGCAGAAGCCAUCAUCCUUGCAAUCAAAGCAGUCCUGCGCGCACACGUGACUGCACAUCCCAAGGAUGUGGUGUGGAGGCGGCAGUUGGACCGCCUGGAAGCAGAGCUAGCGCAGCACAGCAUUUUUGCGAGCGACCCCUUCGUGUUUGCAUCAUAUGGAAUCCGCGCGCUGCGCGAGGCACCUGUGUGGUGGCCAUCCUUCAGCGCAGCGGCAGCAGCUUUCCAGCAGCUUGAGGAGGAAUUUCAGGUUCUCGAGUCUUUAGGGCAGAAUCUUCCUCAACAGACCCGCGAAUUGCUGGAUGCGAACCGAGAAGAGCAGGAAUCUUGGAGAGCUGCGCUUCGUCAUACUGAGCAGGAGCUGUGGGUGGCCCAACGGCACCUUCGAGAACAGCAGAAGCGAAAUACAGCUGCGCUUGCACAGUGCCGGCGGCUAGCAAACACACAAGAGGCGCAUGCACAAGCAGAGGCCAAACGGAGCUAUGCAUCCCAAGAAGCAGCUUUGCAAGAGGCCAGGCUGCGUCUCAACAAGGUCCAAAUGCAAGCCCGUCAGCAAGCAACUAGGCAGAAGGUCAACAAUGCCUUCAAGGCCCCAAUCUUUCAGCAGCGUAGCAAACCAUGGCAGGUGGAUCAACAUGUUGGAGGCAGUGGCGGAGGCGUUUCCGGGAAAGGCACCUCCAAACGUGUGUCCUCGCCGCGGUCCUGUGAUGCGUUAGUUGCUCGGGAGGCUUUGCAAGAGAAGGAACUUCAUGUGCUGGAGAGUGAGGAGGAGCAAUUGGCCUCAGAGGUGCAGCUGGAACGCCAAAGGGUGGCAGGGCGCUGUGCCGAGCGACGAGAGCUGGAAUACUGGCAAGAUUGCAUUGAACGAUUGAGCCGGGAAGAUCAAUGGCUCACCGCAGAAUGUCAAAGCCUUGAACAAGACAAGGACCUGCAGGAGCAGGCAGCGGAGGUGGCGGAGCCACGAACGCCCACGUGGGGAAAAGGAAGUGCUUCCUUGCCAGGUACAUAA